AUGCCCAAGGCUACCAGCUCCCGUGCGGCCGCGGCCCGCCGCCAUAACCCUCUAGCAGAGGAUAUCUCCUCUGCGGGGCAGUUGCGCACCCAAACUGGAAAGAAAGAAAAGCGACGAACCCAGGAUGGCGAGGAUGGUGAAGAAGCGCAACAGCAGCGCUUUAUCGAUGCCAAGAUGUCCCGCAAGAUUCUGCAGAUUGGACAGGAAUUGGCAGAUGAGGAUGCCGCUGAGCGAGAACUCACUAAGGGUGCUAUGCAACCUAAAUCCAAUGCCGCUUUUGAAUUUGAUACCCGAUUUGAAGAGGAGCCAUUGUCGGACGACGAGAACUUCCAGAACGAGGAAGAAUGGGUAGACGAUGAGGUCGAGCAAGUGGAAGUUGAUCCUAACGACCUUGAUAUGUUCAACAAAUUCAUGCCUGGCCACGAAGAAGACCCCAUUUUCCACCCCAAAGACCCUGCGGCAGCCGGUCAAACGACAAAUCUUGCGGACUUGAUUUUGGAGAAGAUUGCCGAGCAUGAAGCUAAGCUGGCUGGUGAGACUGUUGGUGGGCCACAUAUUCAAGGUGGGGGAGAUGCCGAGGAUGCUGUUCAGAUCCCGGCCAAGGCCAUCGAAGUCUACGAGAAGGUUGGAAUGAUUCUUUCUCGCUACAAGUCUGGCCCGCUCCCCAAGCCGUUCAAAAUUCUUCCAUCUGUGCCCAACUGGCCGACCCUCCUCGAUAUCACGCAGCCCGAGAGAUGGACCGCCAAUGCCGUCUACGCCGGUACUCGCAUCUUCAUCUCCUCCAAGCCACACGUAGCCCAGGAGUUCAUCAACAGUGUGCUGCUGGAGCGUGUCCGCGAAGAGAUCCACGAGACCAAGAAGGUUAACGUUCACACCUACAACGCCAUGCGCAAGGCCCUUUACAAGCCGGCAUGCUUCUUCAAGGGAUUCCUUUUCCCUCUCGUUUCCGGCGGUACCUGUACCUUGCGCGAAGCUCACAUCGUCUCCUCUGUGAUUUCCCGUGUCUCGAUUCCAGUACUUCACUCCGCUGCCGCCCUUCUCCGCAUGUGCGACCUAGCCGCUGAGCAGUCCUUGCGAUCCAUAGAGAGCACAGGUUCAGUGAACACAUUUAUUCGUGUCUUCUUGGAAAAGAAAUAUGCCCUUCCCUACAAGGUCAUUGAUGCUCUUGUCUUCCACUUCAUGCGCUUCCGUGCCGCCGACGGAGCGGAGGAUAGUCUAAUGGAUGGAAGCUCCAAGGGAUAUAAGUUGCCCGUUCUAUGGCACCAAUCUCUCCUGGUCUUUGCGCAGCGAUACCGAAACGAUAUCACCGAGGAUCAGCGUGAAGCUCUUCUCGACCUGUUGCUGGUCCGGGGACACAAAGAUAUCGGACCUGAAGUUCGACGAGAGUUGCUCGCUGGUCGUGGUCGGGGAGUGGUUCUUCCUAACCCGGAGGCCCAGAGUGCUCUUGAUGCGGGCGAUGAUACUAUGGAUGUGACUAUGUAG